UCAAAAAUGGCACAAAAGAAGGAAACUUAUUACACCGGCAUAUCAUUUCAAGAUAUUAGAACAGUUUGUUCCUGUUUUUGAUAAAACCGGAAACAUACUCAUGGAUAAAUUACGAGAAAACGUCGGGAAAUUAUCAUUUAAUGUACAAGACUUAAUUUCAUUGUGUACUCUUGAUAUAAUCAAUGAAACUGCAAUGGGAAUAUCAGUCAACGCACAAUUAAACGCCAACACAGAUUAUGUCAAUGCAAUCAAAGUAUUAACACACAUCGUGACAGAGCGUGGAAUAAAAAUAUACAAACAUUUCGAUUUGUUGUACUUCUUCACUAAAGACUACAGAAUUGAGAAGAAAUGUUUGAAAAUAGUUCAUAAUUAUUCGUUAUCCGUAAUUGAAUCACGACGUAAAGAAUUACAAAAGAAUUCGGAGUCAAAUUCAUUUAAUCCUAAUGCUAUUGAUGAAUUUGGGCGUAGGAAACGCAUUGCGUUUUUAGAUCUUUUACUGCAAUCAACAAUUGAUGGUCAACCAUUGACUGAUGAAGAUAUUCGCGAAGAAGUGGACACAUUCAUGUUCGAAGGGCAUGAUACAACAGCAUCCGGGAUUAGUUUUUGGUUGCAUUUGAUCAGUAAACAUCCGGAAAUACAAGAAAAAUUGAUUCUGGAACAGCAAAAUAUAUUUGGAGACGAUCCAUUUAGACCUACAACCUUGUCUGACCUUCAAAACAUGAAUUAUAUGGAAAUGACAAUUAAAGAGACAUUGAGGUUAUAUCCGUCAGUUCCAAUGAUGCUGAGGGAUUGCAUUCAAGACAUCAAAUUUCGUGAUAUGACAUUUAAAAAGGGAACGCAAUUAUUAAUCUUUCCGUUUUAUUUACAUCGUCGCCCUGACAUAUUUCCGGAUCCGGAAAAGUUUAUCCCGGAAAGAUUCCAGGCGGAAAAUAUCAACAAAAGACAUGCGUUUAGUUAUUUAGCAUUCAGCGCCGGAAGUCGUAACUGCAUCGGUCAGAAAUUCGCCAUGUUGGAAAUGAAGUGUAUCUUAGGAAAAAUUUUACGAAAUUUUGAGAUACAUCCAAGUUAUCCAGCGCACGAGGUCAAAAUUCAAGCGGAUAUUAUCAUCGCAUCGAAAAACGGUUACCGAAUUCAAUUAAAACAUAGAAAAUGA